UUCAUUUCAGUUAUCCAGGACCAGAGUUUAAAGCAAAGUAAAUUGAUAGUUGAGUAUCAUCUCCUGAGAUGUAGAGACCCUCCCGUUGUAGUUGUUUACAUUUUUCGUUAGUUUAAAUGUAAUCUUUCAGAUUCCUGGAGAAGUGAUCUUCAGAAUUCAUGGGAAAGUAAUUUAAAAGGAAAGUUUGAUGCUAUAUUAAGCCCUUGCCUCCAGAAUAUGAUGGCGAGUCAAGUUGUAAAACCUGAUACUAGAAAUUGCAAGAGACCAAGAGAGCUGGAGAUCUUUCUCCAUUUUGUCAGCAACCUUUCUACCAUUGCAGUGGGUUUCCUUUCUGUGAUGGUACGUUGGAUCUCAGUUUUGAAGAAGUAUGUGGAAAGUACUCGUCAGAAGAAGGCAAUCUUCAGUAAGCAAGAGAGGCUUCCAUGUAUUGCACCACUAGUAACCACGGUGGAGGAGACACCACAGAUUGUCUCUGCUUGCAUCCGAGGACAUUUUCCUCAGUGGCUCCGUGGCUACCUGCUUCGAGUUGGGCCUGGGAAAUUUGAAUUCGGGAAGGAUAAGUACAAUCACUGGUUUGAUGGGAUGGCUUUGCUUCACCAGUUCAGGAUGGAGAAGGGCACAGUGACAUAUAGAAGCAAGUUCCUACAGAGUGAUACUUAUAAGGCCAAUAGUGUUCAUGAUCGAAUUGUGAUCUCAGAAUUUGGCACGCUGGCUGUCCCUGACCCCUGCAAGAAUGUUUUUGAACGUUUCUUAUCAAAGUUUGAAGUGCCUGCAAUAACUGACAACACCAAUGUCAACUACGUGCAGUAUAAGGGUGACUACUACCUUAGUACUGAGACCAACUUUAUGAACAAAGUGGACAUCAAAACUCUGGAAAAAACCGAAAAGGUAGACUGGAGGAAAUUCAUUGCUGUGAAUGGAGCAACUGCACAUCCUCACUAUGAUGCUGAUGGAACAGCUUACAACAUGGGGAACUCCUAUGGGUCACAUGGUUCUUGCUAUAAUGUUAUUCGAGUUCCUCCAGAGAAGGUGGAUCUUGGGGAGACAAUCCAUGGAGCCCAGGUGGUAUGUUCUAUUGCCUCUGCAGAGGGGAUGAGACCUUCUUACUAUCAUAGCUUUGGAAUGACAAGGAACUACAUAAUCUUCAUUGAACAGCCUCUAAAGAUGAAUUUGUGGAAAGUUGUCACUUCUAAAAUCCGGGGAAAGUCCUUUGCAGAUGGAAUAAGCUGGGAACCCCAGUAUAAUACACGGUUUCAUGUGGUGGAUAAGCACACUGGACAGCUUCUUCCAGGGAUGUACUACAGUAAACCUUUUGUUACUUUUCAUCAAAUCAAUGCCUUUGAGGACCAGGGCUGUGUUGUAAUUGAUUUGUGCUGUCAAGAUGAUGGAAGAAGCCUAGAAGUUUACCAACUACAGAAUCUCAGGAAAGUUGGGGAAGGGCUUGAUCAGGUCUAUAAUUCAGUAGGCAGAUCUUUCCCUCGAAGGUUUGUUUUGCCCUUGCAUGUCAGUUUGAAUGACCCCGAGGGACAGAACCUCAGCCCAUUGUCCUAUUCUUCAGCCAGUGCUGUGAAACAGGCUGAUGGAAAGAUUUGGUGCUCCUAUGAAAAUCUACAUCCUGAAGGUCUAGAGGAUGAAGGAGGUAUUGAAUUUCCCCAGAUCAACUAUGGCCAAUUCAGUGGCAGAAAGUAUCGUUUCUUCUAUGGCUGUGGCUUUCGGCAUUUGGUGGGGGAUUCUCUGAUCAAGGUGGACGUGGUAAACAAAACACUGACGAUUUGGAGAGAAGAUGGCUUCUACCCCUCGGAACCUGUGUUUGUUCCUGCACCAGGAACCAGUGAAGAAGAUGGUGGGGUUAUUCUCUCUGUGGUGAUCACCCCCAAGCAGAAUGAAAACAAUUUUCUACUAGUCUUGGACGCCAAGAACUUUGAAGAACUGGGCCGAGCCGAAGUGCCCGUGCAAAUGCCUUACGGGUUCCAUGGCACCUUUGUCACCAUCUGAUGGAACAACUCACAAGGCCUAGAAACUAAGUUUAUAAUGAACAUUCUCUGUACAAAAAAAGAGAGCAAAAAAGGCACCUUACCUUCUAAACUGUAGAGAUCUGGUUGUAAAAUUUCUAUUAAAAACCAAAUUCUUGGGGCGCCUGGGUGGCUCA